AUGGUUGGACCACCGGGCAUUCUGAGCUCGUCCGCGACGCCGACUCAGAAGUCGGUCUACAGCCAACAUUCUUCGUCGCAUGGGUCGAACAAUACAAUUACUAAGGCCAAUUCCGAUCGCGAUGGCCUACAGCCCUCUGCCGCUGGCAAUGGCCUUCGAGCGCUGUCCAGCUCGAACGCAUCCUUCGCGCCCCGCGGCUCCUCACUGAAUCCGUCGCCCGCUGCGCCAGGGAGCUUCAGCUCCAACCUGCGGAGCCAGAUGGCCCCAUCCCGAACAGGGUCGAAUCAAGACGUCACCUACACUAUGGCGAACUUGGAGAGGUUGGAUGAGGACGAUAGUCUACUGCCUCUGCAGGCCAUUUCCACAUUGCGGGAAUCGCUGAACCGAGAAAUGAAAAUCAAGGAGGGGAGCGAGAACAUGCUGGAGGCGUUGAAUACCAAGAAAGCAAAGCAAACCAAGGAACAGCGCCAGAGGGUGGAGGCAGAGCUGAACUCCUCCAAUCAAAAAAUCAAGGAAUUAAAGAAUCAGAUCUCCGAGCUACAGCGACCCAGGCUACCUAGCACCCCAACCAAGUCACGUAUCGAUGCCUUGUUUCAGAGCAAUGGUCUGCGGUCUCCUCCCAGUGCAGCAAAAAGCAUCGAGUCCGAUUUUGACGAGCCGACGGAAUCACCUACCUACACAUUGGCUGAGAUAUUGCAAGCGCUCGAGAUUGAGGGGCUUACUCCAGACUACUAUGUUGGACACGCAAAUAACCUUGUUGAGCUUUUUAAAAGGUACCCAAAGCUGAAAUAUGACUUGGUCUGGUCCGUAUUCGGUUUGCGGAUGCAGGUUAUGCUGGUGAGCCAGAGUAGGGAAGUCGUAGCGGCUGGUUACCGGAUGAUAAGAUAUGCGAUAUCAGAUUCCAACUCCCUACAGAAGAUUCGAGGACUGAAUACGGACUAUUUAGUGGUGCUUUCGCUCGUCAAAAAGUCAAAUGCCGACGUUGAAAGAGAACAAGCGCUCAAAUUCGUACGUGCAUUUUUGGACGUGAAAGAUGGGGUCCAUGAGGUAUCCAGAGCCGUCGUGAGAACCAUCGCGGCAGUUGCCGAGCAUUUGGAGGACAGACUAAGAGCUAUCUGUAUAGAGACGUUGGCUGAAAUCAUGGUUCGGGAUCCAAGCCUGCUCGUCGCUUCUGGGGGUCUUAGGGCCCUAGCAGAUGCACUUGGCGAAGGAACCUAUGAGGCCUCAGAAAGUCUUACAGCUGCGUUUCUCUUCUUAUUAGAUUCGCCGCGGCGAAGGAAGUAUCUCCGGUCUGGCUAUGAGCUGGAGGUUCUGUUCACACCCUUCACUGACUCUUUAUUUGCACAUGAGAGGAUCCUCAAGCAAAACUCGAGGUCUAUAGCAUAUGCUUUGAGAUCUUGGCCGGGUCUCAUGACUCUUUCCAUGUAUAACUUCAGGGCUGUGCGAUCUCUAAUCUCCAGCCUGAUGCUACCGAAUCCCACAAUUCGCGAGACUAUUAUCGAUCUUCUCUACUCCUUGCUCCGUAUAAAAUCGCCGUUUUGGGCCACCUCCUUUCUGGCGGGAAGGCGGCUAACGACCUAUGGACGAGUUGCGACUCUGAAGACAACAGGGUCCAAGCCAGCACCGGAGGAAGAAAGUUACGACAAAGGAUUUGUUGAUCAUUAUACGGCGCUACUACUCGCGGUUUUGAUAACAUCGGACAUGUUACCUGGGCUCCUACAGGUGACUCGAGAAGCCGAUAAUUCCACGUUAAAGCGGAAGACUACUUUACUCAUUGGGGAAGUUCUGAAACUCGCUAGCAGAUUAUUGCCCUCCACUUGGAGCAGCGAUUUGCAGCUCCUUCCAGAAUUAUUUGCUGCUGCUUCACAGUUUGGGAGUGAGGAACGAUUUGAUGCGACAGGAACUGUGUAUCAAAUUAGCAGCGUGAGUCGAACGCUCUAUAGAUCGGCCCCCAACGGCAUAGGAACUCUAGCCAAUGCUGGUAACAACAGUAAUGAUAAUUUGGCCGGCUUAGAGGAUACGCCGAAGAGCCAUCCCAAUACCACGCUUGAUGAGACCACUUUCCGCCAACUAUUGGUUGAAACACAAGUGCUUUCAAGUACAAACCCAGCGAAGUGGAAUUGGGAUAUUAUUCUGAAGAUCAUCGAGGGCCCUCUGUUGAACGGCAAACGUCUUGACGAAGCUAUCAAAGCUUCCAAGUUCGUCAAGCGAAUCAUGAGCUUCUACCGACCGUUCAAAUACAAAUUUGGCGAAAUCAGAAAUACCCGGAUCAAUCAAAAAUACGUCAAAGUCGGCUGCGCUCUUAUACACACGCUUUUGCAAACUUCCGAAGGAGUGAAGUACCUCGCGGACAACAAGCUGCUCAGGCAAAUCGCUGAAUGUCUCGCUCAGUGUGAUCCGACCAGUGGCUUGACAGCUCAAUCCCCGGUGUUCUCCAAAGAACGACUUGCGGAAACUUUAUGCUCAGGAUACUUUGCCAUGCUUGGUACCAUGAGUGGCGAUGUUAGGGGUCUGCAGCUGCUUGAUCGCUGGCGCAUGAUUAACAUGAUGUACCACAUCAUAGAGCUGAAGCAAAGGCCCGACCUUAUUAAGCUGUUAUUAUCGAAUUUUGACUAUAGCCUGCAGGGCCAUCCGAGAGUCCUUCUUUCGAAGGCUCUUACAGCGGGAUCCAAGGAGAUCCGUAUUCAUGCUACGAACGUUUUGAGGAGGUAUGCGCGAGGAACUAGAUUUAAUGGCGCAGCUACCCAAGGCGUUGGCGAUUCGAAAUGGGCUAUCCAACUCCUCGUUACACAACUGUACGACCCUGAGGUGGAAGUCUCCGCUACUGCCAUUAAAAUUCUGGAGGAGGCAUGCAAUCGGAAGAACUAUCUAGAGUAUAUUGUCGAGUGUCGUCCUGCUCUCGAUCAUUUAGGAGAAAUUGGCGCACCCUUACUUUUACGAUUUCUUUCCACCUCUAUCGGAUAUCACUAUCUUGACGGCUUGGAUUAUAUCAGCAACGAGAUGGAUGACUGGUUCCUUGGACGCAAUGAUGCCUACGUUGGGGUGAUUGAGGCAAGUUUGGCACGCGCGUUCGCAGAGAUGCCAGAUGACCACCCACACCGUCUGAGUGUAUACGAAGAAAGCUUCGAGAUGGAUACCGAUAAUGACCCUCAUGUACCGCCGCACUUUUAUAGGGAGUUGACGAGAACCAAGGAAGGCUGCAAGCUGUUGCGGGAUAAGGGCCACUUUGACGAGUUCGCAUCCACAAUUCGCGAUUACGGGAUGCUUUCGGACGAUGCAGAGCUGAUUCUCAAAGUCAAAGGAUGUUUGUGGGCAGUCGGUAAUGUUGGAUCGAUGGCACUUGGCGCGCCGUUUCUAGACGAAUCCGAUGUCGUUGAAAACAUCGUCAAGAUUGCCGAAUCACAUGAGAUCAUGAGUCUUCGUGGGACGGCCUUCUUUGUGCUUGGACUCAUCUCUCGAAGUGUUCAUGGACUUGAGAUUCUUUCGGAAUAUGGAUGGGAUAGCAAUACGACAAUAAUGGGCGAUUCCCUUGGGCUAUGCAUUCCACAGGACUUGAACAAGCUCUUCUCCUACGAACCCUGGGUGCAUGCCAAGGUUUCCGACAUAUUCAUGAAGGGAGACCAGCGAAUUGCUAUCACAGCAGCCAAGACGGACGAUGAUCCCGUGAACAAACGCAUUCUAGAACUCAUUACCGACCUAGGCAACACGGUGCUCCAGAAACGCGCCAUGGCAGAGCUGAGUCAAAUCAAACUGAAAAAGACGCCAAAUUUUAAACAGUCCGCUCUCUUCAAGAAAGUCAUGACACUAUUGGAGGCCCACCACUUCCGCCUCACGGUGCGCCGCUUUGUUAUUGAGCUUUUCGAUCGCAAUGUUCUUAGACGGAUUGUCUUCGAAGAGGAUAGUGACAAUGAAGGUAUGGACAGUGAUGAUAACAGUGAAAGUGAAGUCAGGACAGAACGUCAGCGGAGCUUGAGCGACGUACCCCGCUCUAGAGCUUGA